AUCAGAUUUGGUGAGCUUGAAGAUCAGUAUAUUGGGUGAUUCCCAGAUUGGGAAAACAAGUUUUGUGACAAAGUAUGUAGGAGGUGAUCAAGAAAAGAGGUGUCUGCAAAUGAAUGGAUUAAAUUUCAUGGACAAAACAUUGAUUGUCAGAGGGGCAAGGAUUGCUUUGAGAAUAUGGGAUGUUGGAGCAGGAGAGCAGCUGCCAAACGCCUGCAAUGAUGCAAUUGCUAUUCUCUUCAUGUUUGAUCUUACUAGUAGAUGCACACUGAACAGUGUAAUAGGAUGGUACAGUGAAGCAAGAAAGUGGAAUCAGACUGCAAUUCCUAUACUCAUCGGCUCCAAGUUUGACGAUUUUGCCCGGCUUCCGCCGGACGUUCAGUCCUCAGUCAUCACUCAGGCAAGAGCAUAUGCUAAGGUGAUGAAGGCAACCUUAUUCUUCUCAAGCGCAACCCAUAACAUCAAUGUCAAUAAGAUCUUUAAGUUUAUAAUGGCUAGAGUCUUUAACCUACCCUGGAACCUUGAGAGGAAUCUCACCAUUGGCGAACCCAUCAUUGACUUCUUAUAGUCUUGCAAUUAUUUACUCAACAACCCUAAUUGGUCUUUGGAUCUCCUCUUUUCGCUACAAGUGUUUAAAUUUGGAUUCUCCAUCUAGGCAAGGAGUAGCACUUCGUUUUCUCUGGUCAGAAGUGUAAUAUCCCAUAUAGUGUUUAGACCAACACAAAAACGGGCCGUCCGGCCGGCCCAGCCCGCCAAUAUAGUUGUUCCAAAAGAAUCAGACUAUCAGAGUUUCGGUGGUAUAGUAUAGUUGUUUCGAAAGAGGUGCAUGAAAUUGAUUCUGAUUCUGAUGUAUUAAAUCCGACCAUAUAUGUAUGCCAUUAUUAUUGAGAAUAUAUAUAUCAUUAUAUGUACAUAUAUAUUAGUUCAUGAAGUGUUCC